GACUAGUAGUGUGCGUUGAACAUAUUUUUCCGCUGCUAAACGCUGUGAAUCUGUGAAUCGUGGUAGGUGGCUAAACAAAAAGAAAAAACGAAGAAAAGAAAAAAGCAUUAGAAAUAAAACAAAGUUGCAGUUGUGAAACACCAAUAAUUUUUUGUCGAAAUGACCAUAUCGAGAUUGAAUACAAGUUAAAUUUAGUAUUCAUACAUGCCAUAAUAUAUCAUAUCAUUUGUGUGAACUGACAAUUUGGAAAUUUGGAGAUUAAUGCCAUCAAUAUUUUUUAGAAUUGAUCGAAUGUCUUAAACGGAAUAAAGAGACCACUGAUAGAGAGUAAGGAGACAAAGGCAGAUUGGAGCAAAUAAAAAGAAACAUAGUAUCCUAUUUCCAAGGACGUACACCCUGUACAACACUGCUGCAUCAUGAAUAAUCAAAUGAAUAGUGCGGUGCGGAAAAUACAUAAUCUGCUUUCGAGUGGAGCUGUAACGGUCACUGGGCCAAAUCAACCACGUAUUUUGAAGCAAAAAAUUGUCGGUUCUGGCACGACCGUUGUAUCAUCUGGUCUAACCAAUAAUAUACAACAGCAACAACAAAUCGGAACAAGCAGCAAUCGCUGUUAUGUGUGCGACGAUGCUCUGGGCGCCAAUUCGGCUCAACACCCUUUGACCGAAAUGCAAACAACGCAUACGACGACAAAAUUUCCCAAUAAAAUUGGCCAAUUGGUCGGCGAUGCAUUUAUGGUUAUUGUCAGUGUGGAGGAUGUGGUGUGUUCCCGUUGCACGAAUUUGAUCAAUUAUUUGGAUCGCCUGGAGAACGAUGUGGAGCGUGUCAAGACAAAUUUGAUGAAUUUGUUGCACAAGAAAUACGGACUGAAUGAUGAUAGUGGUGGUGGGGCAGGAAAUACCACAGCGACUGUAGCUGGAGGCGGUGUUUCGACGGUGACAAGUGUGACCACAAAUAAUAUAUCAUCGCAGCAGACACCGCCAACUAAAUUGCAAAAGCUAAAUAGUGGAGCAGCAGUGAGCGCUGUGCAACAAAUGAAGAUCUCCACACCAUCGACCACAUCGAUACAGCACCAAUCGGCUGGCACCCAAACUCUUCAGCGCAAGACCACCAAAAUCUACAAGUGUCUGUCGUGCGAGUACAAGACCUCGGACAUGCGCCUCUUUAACACCCACUACGAGACAUGCAAACAUCAGAAUUUCCAAUGCAAAAAUUGCAAAAAGAUCUUCCCCAAUUUCGGUGCCAUGAAACAGCACAUGGUGCGAGAGCACAACACCCCCAUGGAUAACACGUGCGCAGUGUGCCACAUAAACUUUGUCAGCGAGCAGGCUUUGCGCAAGCACAUGGAGAUCAAUCACAGCACCAGUGUGGUGGUUACGAGCACAACAACACUGCCUGUCUCACAAGUGGCCGCAGCACCAGCCGCAGAUUCCAUUACAUCGGCAGUGAAUGCCCAAUCUGGCGCGGGCACCACUACAGCCCUUUACACUUGCAAUCACUGUCAAUUCAAAUCCACGGACAAGGUGUUGUUUGACGAGCACAUGCGCAAACACAUGGCCGGCAUAAAAUCGAAACCAUUCAAAUGUCGCUUGUGCGCCCAACGCUUUGAGACCCGUGAAGCCGCCACCACUCAUGCCAAACAACAUCAGGGCAAUGUAUUCAAGUGUGGCACUUGUUCCAUGUCCUUCCCCAAGAGGGAGAUGCUGGUGAAGCAUUUCGAAGAACAUCAGCAUCAACAGCAGCAGCAACAACAGCAGGUUCAGGUACAGCAACAGCAAAUGAUAACGAUCAAGCAACAGCCUGCACAAACUCAGAAUUCGCUUACGACCCAGAAACUUCUGCAAGAAACUAUCGAUGAAGCCUUGAGCGAUAGCACAACGCCGGUCUCUGCAUCGGGGGCUGGUGAUGUGGCCGCCAGUGCGGCCAAUAACAUAAGAUUCUUUUCGUGUCACAUAUGUUCUCUGACCUUCAUACAGGAGAACUACUAUAACCAACACAUGGAGACCCAUAGGCGAGAUUCGAGUGUUCACAAAAAAUCUACGGCUGGUGGAAACAACUUGUCUACCCUCAAUGCUGCUGCUCUGUUGAGCGAAGCGGCCCAGCAGGAAGCAAAUGAAAUGUCACAUCAAGAUUUGAAUGUUCAUCAUUCACAGCAACAACAGCAGGCCAAUGCCUUGGGCACCACUGGAGGAGCCACCUUUUCCGAAGCCGACAUUGAGAGUAUUUUUGAAAAAAUGCACUCGGACAAAGGCGACAAUGGCAACGUUGUUACCACCACAACAUCUGCUUCUGGUAACAGCGAUCAAGUGGUUAUAACUUCACAAGCCGGUACUGGCGGCGGUAUUACGUUCAACAUCACUUUGCCCGGGCAAGAAACUGCAGCAGUCACUACCAGCGUAGAUGAUCAGAUGAAAAAUACCCCCACUACCACUACCGCUCCUGUUUCUGUCAGUAUAGAUAUGCCCAUGUUGGAUCAACCAGAUGAAUCAACACACUCUGCUGCCAGCAAUGCGACUCCACCCAGCGCAUCUUCGAGUGGUGAUUUGAAAGAUGACACUGAAACGAAUAAGCCAACAGCCAGUGGCCCAGUUAGUAUGCCCAGCUUAGACGACGAUAAUGAGGAACCGCCUGCUGAUCCAACAACAGCUUCUUCAUCAGGGGAUACAGCCGCCCCCUUGGCGUCUGGCAAUGAGGAUUCCACGACUAAAGAAACGGAGCCACAACAAAGCACAGAAGAGAACGCAAAACCUGCCACAGAAGAAGCGGAAAUGAAAUCGUCAGAAGCGGUAGCAACAGAAGGCGGCUCUUCAAGUAGUUCAAGUGAAAAUCCUGAUUCAGCUGAGCAAACAACUGCCGAAACAACGGCACCAACAUCCUCCGCGGAAUCUUCACAAGAAACUGCAGCAGCCGCCGGAGCUACAGAUGAACAUCAAGAGCAACAGGGAAGUGGUGAAGCAACUGCCGAGGAUAGCGAAAACCAAACACAUGAGCAACAGUUAGCUGCCGCCGAAGCUGCUGCAGCAUCCGAAGCCGGCGGUGAGCAGCAUGUGGCUAUGGAGUUGGAUGAGGCUUCUAUGCAAGCCCAAGUGGAUGGAGGACAAAUAAAAUUCAUCCUCAAUGAAAGCGGCCAAUUGUUGCAGUUGGACAACCACAUUAUCACUGAUGCCGAUGGCAAUCAAAUUCUCGUCCAAGAUCCCGAGCAGAUUCAACAGCUAUUGCAAUCAGUUGGUGUUUUGCAAUCAGGCGAAGGUCUCGAUGGCGAAACUUUACAAAUGAUGACCGAUGGCAAUGGACAAAUGGUCCUUGUGCAGGGUGAAAACAAUGAGACCCAAUUAAUUGAUGCAUCUCUACUGAAUUCGGAGGGUCAAUUGGUUAUACAACAAUCGCAGGAUGGCGAAGGUGGCGCACAUGUCAUUGGUGAAGAUGGUACACGCAUUCCCGUCUCAGUGUCAUAUACAGAAGAUGGACAACCAAUUGUACAGGUACAACAGCAAGUGUUGGAAGCAGCGAGUGCCGACAGUGAAAGUGGUAUGGAGAAGGAUGCUUCAGAGGUUUCUGAAGCGACGGGUAAUGCCGAAAAAAUGGCGAUGGGUACGGAUUAGGAGUGGUUGCUUUAAAUUACGAGCAUCAAAAUAUAUAUUUGAGUCUCAUGUUUUACGUCAGAAGCACGUUGAUGUGAGCUGGAUCAAGAAUAGGAAUUCAGAAUUCAUGGAAAUAUUUGAUGAAAUCCGAGCUCAUUCAAUUGGCAUAAAAUAUCUUGGAACCCAAUCGAAAUACAUUAACGCUUAUAAGGUAAAGUGUGGCUCCGCCCCAAUUUGAAUAACAGAAAUAUUACCACAAACAGCAACAAAAGAAAGUAAACUGGCGUCUACGAACACGCUUAUCUAUUAUGUAUUGACUUAGGUUUUUCGUAGUCAUUUAAGUUGUAACAUAUGCAUAAAAAUGUCUUAAAUAUUUUUAAAAAUAAUGAUUUUUUUUUAUUAUUUUUAAUCUAAUGUCUAAAAUUACACUAGCUGUAAGAAAAAAAAAAUAAUACGAGAAAAACAAAAACAAAAAUCAGACGAAAAUUAAAUAUCCAAUAACUUGCAAAACACCUUAACCAUUUACCCCAACUUCCAUAAAAGAUGCAAAAAAUAAAAGCCCCCCAAAAAACUCCCUCAUAUAUAAGACACGCCAAGCACAGUCAUAAGAACUCAUUUUGAAACAAAAACUUUUACAUGUAAGACGAUCUACAUUAGUUACACACCCCACCCAACCAACACUAUCCCUCACAUAUUUUGCAAAGAGAAGAAUAAAUGCUGCUGCAUCAUUAUUCCUUUUACAACUAUCUUAGCUUUUGUGUCUGCAUUACAUUUUCUUUCCUCCCCCCUACCCUCCUCUACAAAAUGAGUAGUUUGUAAAGAUGGGAAUGAGCAAAGAGAAGAAGAAAUGAUACAAGAAAAAAAAUAUUUAAGUCUAAUGAACGUUUUGUCGUCGUUAAACUACUUAGGCUACAAAUUCAAACACACACACACACACACGCAUACAUACAUGCCCUCUCUUUUGAAAGGAAUAAAUUAAAAAAAAAAAGAAAGAAACAUGAGAGAUAUAACAUUUAGAGUAACAAGUGUAAUUUUAAAAUAAAAACACAAAAUAAAAACAUACAUUUGUUUAUUAUUCAUUAUAUAUACAUAUAUUAUUAUUAUAAUUAUUAUUUGGAGAAAUUAGUUAUAAUAAAUAAUUAUGCAAAAAGAAACAAAAUAAAGUCUUUAAAACAAAAUAAAACAACAACCAAGCUAAAACAUAAAUUAUAAAAACAAAUAUAAUAUAAGACGCAAAAAGUAAGCGGGAAUGAUUUCAAGAAAUAAGCCCACACAUACAUAGACAAACACAUUAAAAAUGCCUAAACCAUCCACUUACCGUGAAUGUUUUCCAUCUCUAAUGACCCAACCCAGGCAGUACUACACCCAAUAUUGGAAAUUGCUGCUUUCCAUACGUUUCGGCCCUCUCAAACUUCUGGCCAAACUUGCAGAAGUAAAUGAAAAACAAACUUAUUUUUAAAUAAAAACAUGUAUAGUUACAGGUAAAGCCUUCUUCUUUAUAAUGUAAAACAAGAAAAACACACCCACACACAUACACAUUUUAACAUUUGUUCUUUUAAACUGUCUGCCUCAUUGGCAUCUCUACUUCAUUCUUUUUUUGUUUGUUUUUAAACCGCGAGAUCAACAGUGAAAUUUCGUUUUUUGUAUUAAAUGCUAACUCUAAUAUAUAUGAUAUAUGAACAGUAGUUACUUUUUUUUUUAAGUAAAAAAAAAUGCAAAACACUGUAAUUAUGGUUUUCUAUGAUUAAGCGCAAAAACAAAAAGGCAAAUACACACACACACACACCCAACUCCUCCCUAUGACUAAAAACACACUUAUAGCUACAAACUACAAAAAGGGAAAAACAUAAUGAAAUGAGACAGAAUUGUAAGGAUUAUUCAAAUAUUCAAAAUGAAGAAGAAAUGGAACAUUAAAAUAAAUGUAAAAAUUGAAAAUAAAACUUGAAACUGA